CAUAGAUUGGUCUGUGCGCUUUGCCUGCGGCUGACGAUACAAGCUGUAGCCUUGUCAUCAAGCUCCAACCUCAUCGCAACCCCAUCCACCAAACAAAUCGACCCUCCACCAUCACCAAUUCCUCACUCCGUCUCCCGUCUCCCGCCUCUCGCCCCGCGCCCAGUCGCACACGAUCCCGAUCCUCUUCUGUCGAAUCCCCAACAUCACAUCUCCCUCUCCCUUCGACCCCCGACGGGAGCUCCGCCCAAGAUGGCGCUCGACGAGUACUACCACAACAAGAUCGAGGCGAUGAAACUCGAGAUCCUCAAGGGUCAAGCCGCUCUCCGCCGACUCGAAGCCCAGCGCAACGACUACAACUCCCGCGUGCGACUCUUGCGAGAAGAGCUCGGCCUGCUGCAACAGCCUGGCUCCUAUGUCGGUGAGGUCGUCAAGGUCAUGAGCACCAAGAAGAUCCUCGUCAAGGUGCACCCAGAAGGCAAAUAUGUCGUCGAUGUGUCCGACAGCGUCGACAUUGCUAAGCUCACCCCCGGAAAGCGAGUUACCCUCCUGUCCGACAGCUACAAGCUCGAGAAGAUGCUCCCCUCAUCCGUCGACCCCCUCGUCUCCCUCAUGAUGGUGGAGAAGGUCCCCGACAGCACAUACGACAUGAUUGGUGGUCUGGAUCAGCAGAUCAAGGAAAUCAAGGAAGUCAUCGAGCUUGGUCUCAAGCACCCCGAGCUUUUCGAGUCGCUUGGUAUCGCACAACCUAAGGGUGUCCUGCUGUAUGGCCCCCCCGGUACCGGAAAGACCCUCCUGGCGCGAGCUGUUGCCCACCACACUGCCUGUAAAUUCAUCCGAGUGUCGGGAUCCGAGUUGGUGCAGAAGUACAUUGGUGAGGGUAGCCGAAUGGUGCGAGAGCUUUUCGUCAUGGCCCGAGAGCACGCGCCCUCCAUCAUCUUCAUGGAUGAGAUCGACAGUAUUGGUUCCUCACGAGUCGAGGGCUCUUCUGGUGGCGACUCAGAAGUGCAACGAACCAUGCUCGAGUUGCUGAACCAGCUCGACGGCUUCGAGCCCACCAAGAACAUCAAGGUCAUCAUGGCCACGAAUCGUCUCGACAUCCUCGACCCCGCCUUGUUGCGACCUGGCCGUAUCGACCGCAAGAUCGAGUUUCCCCCGCCCAGCGUCGAGGCCCGAGCCGACAUUCUCCGCAUCCACAGCCGCAAAAUGAACCUCACCCGUGGCAUCAACCUGACCAAGAUUGCCGAGAAGAUGAACGGAUGCUCCGGUGCCGAGCUCAAGGGUGUGUGUACAGAGGCUGGUAUGUACGCUCUGCGUGAGCGGAGAGUCCACGUCACCCAAGAGGACUUUGAGCUCGCCACGGCCAAGAUUCUCAACAAGCACGACGACAAGGAGGUGGCGCUCGGCAAGCUGUGGAAGUAAAUGGGUAGACACGAUGCGAAACACGACUUUGUCUUUCUUGUUGCUGCGGCCCCCGGUGCUCACGAGCGGAGGGCUCGGGUUUUCAUAGAAGGGCUGGGAUAGCGGAAGAGGAGUUGUAAGGAUAGUAAAUUGUACCAAUAUUCGGGCAAAGUUCCUCGUAUUGGGGUACUUUUUGGUUCCAUCGGUUGUGUGUUUGUUAGGUGAUUCCUCUUGAGUUUCUGUUCUUGUUCACUCUGCAAUCUGAGAGUUGCUGCCGGGUAGCUUCUCGACUUGCAACUAACACAGCCCCUUCAACACUGUCUUGAAACCAACCAUGUCUAUUGAAACCGGCCAACCUCACUUGGUGCUUCGAUCCCUACUGACUAGAAUAUGUUUCCAACCUUCCUG